CACUUUCAGGACCUUCCAGCAAAUUCAAAAUGGCGGAUUUUCGGAAACGUAGUUCGGAGCUACACAGGAUAUAUCUUAUGUGAAUACAAAAAAUACAAAUACAGUGGAUAAAUAAACAGUUAGCUGUAUAGACACAAAGUGAGUAGCCAUAAAUAAGGGAUUUGCUGAUUUUUAUUUGUUUUUAUCGUUUUAACUUCGCAGCAUUCUCUUUUUAAAGAGUGAGACAUGGCAGAGGAGCGCAGACAGAAGCUGUGUUCUGUGAUCUUGCCCACUGAAUCCAUGAAGGCGAUGGCAGAGUCAGUGGGUGUGGGCUCACUGCAGGAAGACAGUUGCCUGGCCCUCAGUGAAGAGGUUAGCUACAGGAUCAAGGAGAUUGCGCAGGACGCACUGAAGUUUAUGCACCAUGGUAAAAGACGCAAACUUACCACUGGUGACAUUGACCAUGCUCUUAAACUAAAAAACGUGGAGCCUCUGUAUGGAUUCCAGUCUCAAGAGUUCAUCCCGUUUCGCUUUGCAAGUGGAGGUGGCAGAGAAUUGCACUUCUAUGAAGAAAAGGAAGUGGAUCUUAGUGAUAUCAUCAACACACCCCUCCCUAGAGUCCCUCUUGAUGUUUCACUCAAAGCUCACUGGUUAAGUAUUGAUGGUGUCCAGCCUGCAAUACCAGAAAACCCACCUCCAGUUCCUAAAGAACAGCAGAAGACAGAUUCCACAGAGCCACUCAAAGCUGUCAAACCUGGACAGGAAGAGGAAGGCUCUAUCCAGACCAAGGGUCAGGGUGCAAGCUCUGCUGAAGUCAAAGGAAAAGAGAAGAUGAGGAUGAAGCCACGUAGCACCCAUGAGCUCUCUGUGGAGCAGCAGCUGUACUAUAAAGAAAUCACUGAAGCUUGUGUGGGAUCAUGUGAAGCCAAAAGAGCGGAAGCACUGCAGAGCAUAGCCACAGACCCAGGGCUGUACCAGAUGCUGCCAAGGUUCAGUACCUUCAUUUCUGAGGGCGUGAGUACAAUCAUGGACUAUUUAUAUCUUCUACAACUGUCUUAUUAACCCAUGUAACAUGGCUAAAACUAGUGUUGGA